AUCAAUCUCGAAACACAGUUUCGAGAUUUUUCCUAAAAAACAAAAGUUAAAUAGAGAAAAUAAAAUUUGAAGUGUGCGUCUUUCAUUGGUCCUUAGAAAACAGAGCUCUCGUUUCAUGCGUGAGGGCAAAAAAACGAACGAGAAAGUUGUGUGUUUCUGAGGGAUAAACCAUUUUUCACAGAAAGAAUCAUUCAAUCAAAAACAGUGAUUCAUCAUAAUUUGAUUGUUCAUCAUCUUCUUUAGGGUUUUUGAUAUUGAUUCAAUGUUGAUACAGAGCAACCUCUGUUGACUCGUUUUCUUCUUUCUUUCACUGUAGUUUCUUAUUAGGAGGAAGAUGAUUCCAUGGUUGAUGGUAUCAGCUAUACAGGUAGCAGAGCUAUCCGUGAGCUCCGUUGUUCAUAUAUUUUAUGGGCUUUACAUAUUCAGCUCCGCCGUCGCCGGAGAUCUUACUCAGUCGUUGAGCGAGUCAAUCUUCAAACCCAAAGCCACCAUUGAAGUCACACAAAUUGACCAAGAAAAGACUAAAGACGUCAAUGAUUUGCCUCCCAUUGUUUUGGUUCAUGGGAUUUUCGGAUUUGGCAAAGGAAGAUUAGGUGGAUUAUCAUACUUUGCUGGAGCAGAGAAGAAGGAUGAGAGAGUGUUAGUGCCUGAUUUGGGAUCUUUGACCAGUGUACACGAUAGGGCAAGAGAACUGUUUUAUUAUCUGAAAGGUGGGUUAGUUGAUUAUGGUGAAGAACACAGUAAAGCUUGUGGGCAUUCUCAAUUUGGUCGUUUUUAUGAAAAAGGGGAAUACCAAGAAUGGGAUGAAGAUCAUCCUAUUCACUUUGUUGGUCACUCUGCUGGUGCUCAAGUUGUUCGUGUGUUGCAGCAAAUGCUCGCUGACAAGAUGUUUGAGGGUUAUGAGAACACAAAUGAAAACUGGGUGUUGAGUUUAACAUCUUUGUCAGGGGCAUUAAACGGGACUACUCGAACCUACAUCGAUGGAAUUCAGCCGGAAGACGGGAAGUCCCUGAAACCUAUAUCACUGCUUCAGAUUUGCAAACUUGGAGUCAUAAUGUAUGACUGGAUCGACAUUCCUUGGCUCAAAUCCUAUUACAAUUUCGGGUUCGACCAUUUCAACAUGUCGAGAAAGAAGACAGGUGUACGCGGCCUACUCGAUCUUCUUCUUGGAAACGCUGGUCCUUUUGCUGCAUGUGGAGAUUGGAUCUUGCCUGACCUCUCAAUCCAGGGAUCAAUGAAGCUAAACGCUAGUCUGCAGACUUUCCCAAACACGUUCUACUUCAGCUACGCGACUAAGCGUACUACUAAACCUCUUGGAAUGAUGACUGUUCCUUCAGGCGUGAUGGGAAUCCAUCCUCUGCUUUUCAUCCGCGUGUUGCAGAUGAGUCAGUGGCAAUUUCCUCGUGACAUUCCUCUUCCUUAUAAAGGCUACAGAGAUGAAGAUUGGCAGGACAAUGAUGGAGCACUGAACACAAUAUCCAUGACUCACCCACGAAUUCCGGUUGAACAUUCUAGUCUCAUUCUUCGUAGUGACUCAGACUGUCUCCCUCUCCUACCAGGCAUUUGGUACUACAAGAUCGUGGAGGCAGAUCAUGUAAUGUUCAUUAUGAACCGAGAGCGAGCAGGUGUGGAGUUCGAUUUGAUUUACGACAGUAUCUUUGAGCGGUGCAGGAAACAUGUAUUCAGGAAGGCUCCUCAGACAUUGCCUAACGAAGCUCAACACCAUGAAAGAGGAGACCAAGAAGAAUAGAGAGACCAAAAUGUCAUCAACAAAUGUAUAGCUUCGUUUGUACAACAAGAAUCCCCAAAGCUCAAGAUUUUGGUGUCUCUUAACUCUGACCAGCGUCUUAAGAUUACGGGAUUAGGAUUUGUAAUUGACAGUGUUCACUAUGUGUAUGAUAAUAUCCUAUUCGAAGAUAACGUUUCCAUGUUGCCUUGAAUUCUGUUAGAAAUCUCAAGUCUAGUAUAACAUGAGACUAAACUAGAGUAUAAAAGAUAUGAAUUCAU